CGUAAUCCCUGGCCGCGGCCACUGCUGCUGGGGCUGCGCCUUUAAGGGGCCAGGGGAGGCGGUGGCAGGCGGGAUCUUGCGUGCUGGCGCCUCUCCCUUCUUUCCUCCCUCCGCCGCCGGCCGGGCAGUGGGCAGUGCCCGCCGGCCGCCGCGGCGGGUGGGGAGCGGGGAGCCGCAGCAGCCUGCAGCCAUGGCUGUGCCCCUGCGCCGCCAGCUGCCAAUGCUCCUGCUUGUUCUGUUAGCAGCCGGUGGGCUGCGGGCGGCGGAGCGGAGCAGCAGCGCCAUGGAGGAGCUCGCCACCGAGAAGGAGGCGGAGGAGAGCCACCGGCAGGACAGUGUGAGCCUGCUCACCUUCAUCCUGCUCCUCACUCUCACCAUCCUUACCAUCUGGCUUUUCAAGCACCGCCGCGUCCGCUUCCUCCAUGAGACCGGCCUGGCUAUGAUCUACGGACUCAUAGUUGGGGUGAUCUUGCGAUAUGGGACUCCCUCUACCAGUGGCCACGAUAAGCCGUUCAGCUGCUCACAGGAGGACAGGCCAUUUACAACACUGCUGGUCAACGUCAGCGGGAAGUUCUUUGAGUAUACUCUCAAAGGGGAAAUAAGCCCUGGGAAGAUCCACAAUGUGGAGCAAAAUGACAUGCUGCGGAAGGUAACAUUUGACCCAGAAGUUUUUUUCAACAUUCUGUUGCCUCCUAUUAUUUUUCAUGCCGGUUACAGCCUGAAGAAAAGACACUUUUUCAGGAAUUUGGGGUCUAUCUUGGCUUACGCCUUUUUAGGAACAGCAGUCUCUUGUUUUAUUAUUGGGAAUCUCAUGUAUGGGGUUGUGAAACUAAUGAAGUUGGUGGGUCAGCUCUCUGAUAAAUUCUAUUACACAGACUGCCUCCUCUUUGGAGCGAUAAUAUCUGCCACUGAUCCAGUUACGGUGCUAGCAAUAUUUAAUGAGCUGCAUGCUGAUGUUGAUCUCUAUGCCCUUCUGUUUGGAGAGAGCGUGUUGAAUGAUGCUGUUGCCAUUGUAUUAUCUUCAUCCAUAGUUGCAUACCAGCCAACAGGAGAAAAUACCCAUGCUUUUGAUGCAGCAGCAUUUUUCAAGUCUGUUGGUGUUUUUCUGGGAAUAUUCAGUGGUUCUUUCAUGAUGGGAGCAGUGACAGGAGUUGUGACAGUUAACGUGACGAAGUUUACCAAGUUGCACUGCUUCCCCCUGCUGGAAACGGCUCUCUUCUUCUUGAUGUCCUGGAGCACCUUCUUGCUUGCAGAAGCUUGUGGGUUUACUGGUGUGGUGGCUGUCCUCUUCUGUGGAAUUACCCAGGCACAUUAUACAUACAAUAACUUGUCAGCUGAAUCAAGAAGUCGCACUAAGCAGCUCUUUGAGGUAUUGCACUUCCUGGCUGAGAACUUCAUAUUUUCUUAUAUGGGUUUGGCACUGUUCACUUUCCAGAAACACAUAUUCAGUCCAGUUUUCAUCAUUGGAGCUUUUAUUGCAAUCUUUUUUGGCAGAGCUGCACACAUCUACCCUCUCUCCUUCUUGUUGAAUCUGGGCAGAAGGCAUAAGAUCAGCUGGAACUUUCAGCACAUGAUGAUGUUUUCAGGUCUCAGGGGAGCCAUGGCAUUUGCUUUGGCCAUACGAGAUACUGCUACCUACUCACAUCAAAUGAUGUUCUCAACAACUCUCCUCAUCGUCUUUUUCACUGUGUGGAUUGUUGGUGGAGGUACAACUCCCAUGCUUUCAUGGCUGAACAUCAGAGUUGGUGACCACGUUCCAUCGGUGGAAGAGAUGAGUGAAAGCCGCUGGCUGUACUUCAGGGUUGGGGUUGACCCAGAUCAGGAUCCUCCACCUACUAAUGACAGCUUUCAAGUCUUACAAGGAGAUGGCCCAGAUUCUGAAAGAAGGAACAGGACAAAGCAGGAAAGUGCUUGGCUAUUCAGGCUAUGGUAUAGCUUUGACCAUAAUUAUUUAAAGCCAAUUCUCACUCACAGUGGCCCGCCAUUAACCACAACUCUACCCAGCUGGUGUGGUCUGGUCGCCCGAUGUCUGACGAGUCCCCAGGUUUAUGAUAAUCAAGAACAGCUUAGAGAAGAGGAUUCUGAUUUUAUUCUGAAUGAUGGUGACCUUACUGUGACAUAUGGUGAUACAACAAUAACUGCAAACGGUUCUUCUGGCCCCCAUACAGCUACCACUAGCCUUGAUGACAGGAGAACAAAAAGCAGUUCAGAGGAAGCACUGGAACGUGAUGUGGGAGCAGCAGAUCAUGAAGUUACAAGCAGGGGUACCCGGCUAGUAUUUCCUCUGGAAGACAAUGCAUGAUUACUGACUCAGUAAAAAUAACUCUUGCUCUGUGGAUGGAUCAAGGAAGACUGCAGGCCACUGUGUUACUUGAGGUGGGGAUGUUUAAACAUGUCAACACACGUAAGUGGUUUUACUAGGGUCUGAAGAUGUCACCUAUUUUUUACUCAAGAUGCUGACGGUGGGAUUUUCUAAAUGUCUGAAAAAGGACGAAUGAGAAAACUGGUCAUUCUCUUUUCAACCACAUAUUGAAUCCAUGUAAAAUUAGCAUGCUGCAAUUGUCUUGUUCAGCUGCAGCAGCUCUCUCUGAAGAGAGGUACAUGAAGACAUUGUCACAGAACUGAGCUUGUCUUGGCUUAGCUUGAGAAUGUGGAAGAAGAAAUAUAAACCUGGUAAUUAUGCAGUGAAAAAAGAUGUGUGUGUAUCUGAGUGUGGAGAGAUCCACUGUUAACUUCUCUCACUGAGGAAACUAUGGAGUAAGACAGGACAGUAUACAUUAGGACUACAAGUGCAUGAAUGCCAGACUGUGUGGGGAAUCUGUUACUGCAAGCUGUACUUAAUGCAUUUCAGGGAAAAGAAGAUUUCUUAACUGGCCAGGUGUUUAAAUAGGAAGGCAACGAGAGCUACUUGUCCCUUUAGCUUUAGGCGACUUGACUAUUACUAUUAGCCGAACUUCUAGUGCCUCAAAAAAAAAACAUCCAGCUUCCUGUGGUCUAAGAUGUACCUGAACUGGUACAAGCCUGGAGCCAGGCUUUCUUGAGUAGAAGUAAUGAGGUAAUACCUUCUCUCCCUUAAAGCUCUUAAAAUCAGGUGAAAAUAGUUGGAAACAUAUCCUGGGCUGGGGAAAACAGCAAAUGAAGGGGCGGGGGGGGAAUGAGAGAGAAAGACAGUAUUGAACUUGCAUGGAACCAUGAGGUUUCAUUGCUCAGAAGAAUCCAUGGACUCUGCUUACAGUUCUUGUGUGUGAUAAACAGCAAACACCUAAUUAAAUGGACAAGCAAAUACCACUGGCUUUACCAUUUGUGACUGUCCUAAAAGAAAGAUGUUUACUCUUGUUCUCUUUCGCAGAGUAGAUGUAAAACUUCUGUGGGGCAUUGCACAACAACAUAUAAGCUAUGAAAGUGAUGAACUGUACUAUCUUAAAUGUGAAAAGGGAAAAAUCUUUGCCUAGUAUUUAGCCCACUUACAUGUAGGCUAGCUUUAACUUAUGGCUAAAUGCUUUUUAAUUUCCAAAUGAGGAGAUAUCAUUGUCUUUGCCAGUAGCUGAAAAUUCAUGCUUUGAAGAGCAGUUCAGCUGUUUAAAGCAUGCUAAAAUGUGAUUUCAUUCUCGUGUGUCAAAAGGUUUAUUUUUUUAAAGAGUUCUGUUGCCCACUAACGUGAUGUAGUAUCAGUUUAUCUAAAAAGUGUGGUUUUCUUGCUGGCAUUUCAGUUGUUCCUCCCAAAACUGUGUGUGAAUAAGUACCCGCUGUUUUUACUUAACUAUUAAACUUAAUGGGCUAACUUCGGUACGAGAACUUACUGCUGCAGAGAAACUUUGCAGUCAUCUUUUCUAGUCUGCUUUCUUUCAGCUGUGUUCUCUGAGUGACCUACCUCCUUGUCUGUCCUUCCAAGGUAAAUUUGUAAAGGGCAUUGAUCUGUAGUGACUGUCUGAUAUGAUUAAGAGAGACAAGGAAACCAGAAGUCUUCGUGGAAAAACUGGAAGACCAAUGCAGUCAUCUAUGUUCUUAAAUGAUGAAGAGUAACAAACCCUGAUUGAAGACCUCCAAUCAGAACAACUCCUUUUCUGUUCUCCUCUGCUUUCAAGGAAGACAAAGCAGAUAGCAAUGAUCCAUGGUAUUUGUACUGUUUACAUGGCUUGUUUUCUCUUUUUUUGUUUUAAGUGCUCUGGCAGUAGAAAAGGUAGUUUCCUACUAAAUUACAGAAACCAUUACAUUUAUUUUGGACAACACUUUGGGACCCAUGCUGUCAGUACUGAGUGGAAACUUGAGAUUUCUACAACAAUUAGUGUUAUUAGCGGUCAUAUGAACCAAAUUUUGGGUUGAGAUAAUGAAACGUACUCAAAAUAAAUGGGUUUAAUACAGUGAGGCAAAUCUUUACAUGCAGCUUGAAGCUGAAGCUUUCCAAAACACUUCAGCUGGAAAGAGAAUCUUAUGCAGAGAGAGAUCUGUUCUUUAGAGGAAAGAUCAGGUACUGUUUCUGGAAGUACAAGCUAUGUUUCUUAGCUUGCUCAGGAAGAUGGAAUCUCUUGAAAGUAUCAAUAAACCAUCCCAUUGCA